UUUGUUUUCAUUUAUUUGGAGUAUUUUGAAAAUUUAAAAAAAUAAUUUUUACUCGUUUAUGCUCUAAUUAAGCAUAAAUGUUUCAGUGUGAUUAGUCAAUAUUUGACGAAUAAUACUUAUUGGCUUGAAAAAGAAAUAAUGCAUAGAAAGGAACAAUAAUGCUGCCAUUAAAAAUAUUGCAAUGUUCAUUGAGAUCAACAACAUGUAGUGCAAAUAUAUUUAAACUUAAGUCAUACUUCGUACCUCAAAGGAUUUUAUUAGUUGAUCAGAAGAAGAUUUUUGGAGGAUGUAUACAGCAAUUUCUUGUAAAUUACAGCAGCAAUGCACAACUCAAGAAGUCCGAUGUAACAGUUAAAAGUGUUAAGAGAGCUGAUUUAUUUCAAGAAGCUCUAGAAAAGAAGAAGCAAUUGCUUAAGGAGAAAAAACAGCAGAUCCAAGAGAAUAUCAGAGAUAGGAAGUCAAAAGUCGAGGAAGUAAUUGAACGUGAAAACAUCUUUACCAUUCCCAAUUUUCUCUGUAUCGGACGAAUAGCUAUGUCUCCAUAUCUCGGUUAUGUGAUCAUACAAAGCAAUUAUAGCGUUGCUAUUGGACUAUUGAUUGUAGCUGGACUGUCUGACUUUGCUGAUGGAUAUAUAGCACGUAAUUGGAAAGGACAAAAGUCAAAUUUCGGAAGCUUUCUUGAUCCUUUGGCUGAUAAAACUUUGGUAGCUUCUUUAGUAAUUUCUAUGACCUAUAGCAACUUAAUGCCUUUAUGGCUAACUUCUGUUAUUUUAUUUCGUGACAUUUUCCUCAUUGCUGCUGCUUUCGUCAUCAGAUACAAUAGUCUUCCACCAGAACAUAGAACUUUAACAAAAUAUUUCGAUGCUACACAUGUUACAGCUCAACUAGCACCAACAUUCAUUAGUAAAGUAAAUACAGCUGUCCAACUAUUCACAAUUGCUGCAUCGCUAGGAGCUCCAGUCUUUAAUUAUAGCGAUCAUAUGAUUUUACAUGGACUUUGGUAUUUAACAGGCAUAACAACAGCAGCUGCAGCACUAUCAUAUUGGACGCAACGAAAAGAAACUUACAAAUAUCUUCGAAAGUCUUAAAAAUUGACGUUAUAGCCAGUGAAAAUUCGUUUUAAAAAGUUGUAAAAAUUUUAAUAAAUCAUUUUUGUAG